GCCGCCAUCAGUCUCGUCUCCUUUCUCCGUUCCUUCCCCUUUCGCCGCCGCCGCCGCCGCCGCGAGAGCUGCGAGUGCCCGUUCCGCGGAGCAGGUCGGCAAUGGCGUCCUCCGGCACCAGCGGGAAUUCGUCGAGGUCCGCCAUCGUGGCCGACACGGCCAGCGGGCACCACUUCCUCACCAUCCACGGCUACUCCUGCACCAAGGACCUUCCCACCGGAGAGAAGAUCAGUUCCAGGCGCUUCAAAGUCGGCGGCCACCGCUGGCGCAUCGACUACUACCCCAACGGCUCAGGCUCGGCGGUCGCAGACUACGUAUCCCUCUCCCUAAUCCUCGACGAAGAUGUCGCGGCGGGGGUGAAGGCGAAGCAUUGCUUCUGCCUCUCUGGGGAGGCGGAGAAAAUUCAAGCGGCGCGGCUGACGUCGGCGCCGGUGGUCACAUUCUCGUCCAGGAGGUCUUGCUUCUUCAACUGGUACUCGACCUUCAUCAGAAGGGAAGACCUUCAGAAGUCCAAGAAUCUAAAGAACGACUCGUUCACCGUCAGGUGUGAUAUCCUCGUCGUCCAUGGUUACCGCGCCCAGGACGCGGCGGCGGCGGCUUUCGUCUCCGUGCCCCCGUGCGACCUGCGGGGGGACCUUGGCAUGCUCCUCCAGACCGAGAAAGGUGCCGACGUGGUGUUUGAGGUCGGGGGUGAGACCAUCGCCGCGCACCGGUGUGUGCUGGCAGCCCGCUCGUCAGUCUUCGCCGCCGAGCUCUUCGGACCAAUGAAGGAGGGCAAGGCCGAAAGCGGCAUUGUGCGCGUGGAAGACAUGGAGGCGGAGGUGUUCAAGGCGCUGCUCCGUUUUGUGUACACCGGCUCAUUGCCUGAGAUGCGCAAGGAAGAGGAAGAUGUCACCUGCCAGCAUCUGCUCGUCGCGGCAGACAGGUAUGGAAUGGACCGGCUGAAGCUGAUCUGUGAGGAGAAGCUGUGUGAGUACAUUGACGUCAACACCGCAGCGACUAUCCUGCUACUAUCCGAGCAACACCACUGUGAGGGGUUGAAGAAGGCGUGCUUCGAUUUUCUUGCGGCUCCGGCAAAUCUGAGGGCCACCGUAGCCACCGACGGCUUACAACAUCUUAGCGUGAGCUGCCCGUCUCUUAUGGUCAAGCUGAUGGCCAUGUCCUUGGGGCAUUAGCUGAGUGAUCCAUGUCAGAGUGGUAAUGAGCUAGCAGUCUUAUACUCGGUACAUCGCUACAUCUAUCCUAAUUGGCUAUUGAGAUGCAAAAUGUCACAUUUUGCCCCUGUUUUGUCAGUUCAUUGCAUCUCUUCAACUGUGUGAAUUAACCGGGAAGUGCAUUGAUCA